CAUAACAGAACAAUUAUUCAUUUAGAUAUUGAUUGUUUUUAUGCUCAAGUCGAAAUGGCUAAAAAUAGCAGUUUACGAAAUAAACCGGUUGGUAUACGUCAAAAACAUAUCAUUGUCACUUCCAACUAUCCUGCCAGAGAACGGGGCGUUGGCAAGCUAAUUCCUUUAACUAAAGCCUUGGAAAAAUGUCCUGAUUUAAUAGUAAUUAAUGGUGAAGAUCUAACGGAGUAUCGAGAAGUCAGUUUUAAGGUCACUGAUUACCUGAAGAAGUUCUCUACUAAAGUUCAUAGGCUAGGAUUUGAUGAGAAUUACAUCGAUGUUACUGAGCUCGUCCAGUGCAGACUUAAUCAAUUUCAAGGUAGGUUGUUUGUAGGGUACUUAUAUCAGAACAGUAACACGGUUAAAGCACAGGCUUGUGAUUGCAAUUGCCGAUUACGAAUGAUAAUUGGCUCGCAAAUUGCGGCUGAAAUGCGCCAAGGACUGUGGAAUGUUUUCAGCUUGACAUCAAGCGGUGGUAUCGCCCACAACAAGAUGUUAUCUAAAAUCGUAUCUGGUUUGCAUAAACCAAAUUUACAAACCGCUAUCUACCCUGAAGAUACUCUCGAUUUGCUUCACUCUCUGGAGUUAAGAAAAAUUGCUGGUAUUGGUAGUGCAACGAAUAACAAGUUACAAUCUGUUGGUAUUACAACAGUUAAAGAACUGUCCACUCUACCGUUAGCUGUAUUAAAGACACAUUUUCCAACCCCUCAAGCCUGUACGCUAUUUCAAUGGUGCAAAGGUAUUGAUGAUAGUGAUGUCGUUGCCGCUACAAAGCCAAAAUCGAUUGGAGUAGAAGAUUCCUUUUCUAGGUGCUGUACGAUGAUAGCUAGUAAAAAGAGAAUAUCUGAUUUAAUAAGGCAUCUUUUAUCACGCUUGGUCGAUGGAUGUGAACACCCUCAAACAGUCAAAUUAACUAUUAUUAAGCAUGAUAGAUCAUCCUAUAAGAGAGAAUCGAAGCAGUGCAGUGUUCCUAGCACGUUUUAUUCGACUAAAGACACCGACAAAAAGUGUAGUAUUAUCCUUGACCUAAUGAUGAAUCUAUUACGUAAAUUAGUUGACAUACAUAAACCGUUUCGCCUUAGACUCUUUGGUGUCACAUUUACAAAUUUUAAAGAUAAG